AAAAAUCAAAAAUCAAAAUCCCUAAAAGCUUCUUGACUCGUUUAUCCUCUACUACAAUGGCGAAAACCCUAGACAAAUCUAAGAAGCGCAAACUCGUGAAAUCCAAAUCCACGAAUUUCGAUAAGAAACAGAAGAUUAACAAACAACAACAACAACCAGAAUCCUCAACGCCAUAUUCAAGUUCAAGCUCCAGCUCUGAUUCUAGCGAUUCCGAAUCAGACAACGAAUUCGACCCAGAAGAGCUCCGUGAGCUUCUACAACCUUAUUCCAAGGACCAGCUUGUCGAUCUAGUUUGUUCCGCUUCUCGAAUCGGAUCUUCGAUCUAUUCCGCCGUCGUAGAAGCCGCAGAUCGUGAUGUUACACACAGGAAAAUCUUCGUUUAUGGUCUUCCAUGGGAGACGACUCGCGAGACUCUUGUUGGAGUCUUUGAAGGUUAUGGUGAGAUUGAAGAGUGUACCGUUGUUAUAGAUAAGGCUACUGGUAAGGCUAAAGGGUUUGGAUUUGUUAUGUUCAAGACUAGGAAAGGAGCUAAAGAAGCUCUUAAAGAACCGAAGAAGAGGAUUCUUAAUAGAACUGCCACUUGCCAGCUUGCUUCUAUGGGUCCUGCGGCUUCAGGAAAGGGGCAUGAUCAACCUGGUCCGGUGAAGAUUAGUAUGGGUUCGAUGGCUAAUCAUGGACAGCCUCAGCAACAGCAGGUACAAGGUCAACAUGUGUUUAACGGUGGUGGAAUGGCUGCUUCGCCGUUUAUGUUAGGGAACCAAUACCAUCCGCUUUAUGGAGCUGGGAUGUUGGGAAAUCCAGCUUUAGCAGCAGCAGCAGCAGCUGGGGGAGGUUACAUGUAUCCGAUGUUAGCGGGUGCUCUAGCACAUGGCGGGUUGGGUUCUGAUAUGGUACAGUCUAGUCAAAUGGGUGGGAUUGGUGUUGAUCCAAGCGUUGGUGCUGCUGGUCUUUCAGCUCUAGGUUCUUACUUUAGAGGUCAGAGUCUGCCUAGUACUUAUCCUGAUUCGGAUGCUGGUGGAAAAAGAGGGACGGGUAAAGAUUCGGAUGCUGGUGGCUCCUCCUUUCAUGGCUACUCAAACUAUUCAUGGUACGUUCACUGAAACCUUUGGUGUUUUGUAGCAAUGUUUGUGCUAAUAUUGUGGUUUGAAUGUCUUUGGAUAAGCAUAAAUUCAUUGUAGCUCCGUCAUGUGUAGAUAAAUGGAUUAAGGCUUUUGUGGUAGUACCGGAAUUUUAUCUGACAUUAUUAUGCCUCUCUAGUCAAAUAGUUGGCUUAAAUGCCUAAAUAUGUAUAUUCCUAGGAGGAACUGCUACAGGAAUUAAAUACCUAAAUUAUGUUCUAGAGGUAGGUUAGCAUUGUCAUCGGUUGCCGUAAUUCAUUAUUCAUGAAUCUUGCUUCGACUCUAUUUCAAGUAGAUGCAAUGUGACCCACCAUACUUUUGUUUUUUUUGUUUUCUCCAUUAUUUUUCCUUUUGUUGGUUUAUGUUUUGUUUUCUUUUCUUUACUGUCC